AUGGGUUCAUUUCAAUUUGGAUUUUCUAAUCACUGGGGACUUAUAAUGACUACACCCUCGUUUAUCACUAAGUGCCCUCAUCCCUCAGCUCUAACCUGUACAAGAACUCAGUGCACCCAAAUGGUGUAUUGCCUGUCAAGGAAGCUAUGUAUUAUCCUUGGUAGUUCUUUCUUUAAUAUGAAAGAGUGUAGAGAUUGCAAGCAUCAUUUGCGAGGAACAGAAGUAGUUAAGUCCCUUACCAAAGUUCCAGAACUCCAGAUAACCAAUGAAGCUAUUUUUCAAGUGUUUGACGUCACAGGGGAUGGAAACUGUGGUUUUAGAAGUAUAAGUCUUCUUUUGUACGGUACUGAAGACAAACAAGAACAUUUGAGAAGAAAUAUUUUAGAGUUUGCACUGAAUAAUGAAGAUGAGAGUUUCGGGUUAGACCCUUCAUCUUUUGUGCACAACAGUUCAGACUGUUAUGGAGAGAGCUUUUGCUCCUCAAGUUCAACAGGAUGCCAUGAAGGAAUGAUCCUCCAGAAAUCUGGAGAAAACUUCCUUGUCUUCUGCAGACAAGAAUAUAUUACCGAAAUGAUGGAACAUGGAGUCUGGGCGGGAUCACCGGAGUGGAGAAUGGCCUCUAUAUUCCUUAAGCGAGCUAUUAUUGUAUUUACCCCUGAAGAUGAGCAAAGUCUUGACCAGUAUUGGUUAGAUGUCUAUCCACCCAAGACGCACAAUCCUAAAGCACCUCUCCUUAUCAAGGCUAUUCCAAACCAUUAUCAGGCCCUAACAGCACUUCCUCUGAAAUGUCUUGGUAUCUGCCAAAAAGGUCUGCCCACUAGACAUGGAAGAGGUAAAAAAGGUAGAAAAGAAAGGAUAAAAACAAAAAGAUCUCAAUCACAGUAUCCUUCAGAGCCUGAAAUAUCUAGUGCAUUCUUCUCCUCCUCAACUAGUGCAGAACCUACAAUUAUGACUGCUGAAGGAGAUCAAUCUAAACUAGCUUGGCCUAUAGAGCCUUUGAAUGGUUCAGAACCAAAUAUUUCAACUGUUCCUAUAUUAAACACAAGUAGAUCUUAUUUAUCAGCCUGCUCUUCUCCAGAACCAGAAAAUUUGACAGUUUUUCCUGUUUUGGAUAUAAGCAGAUCUAAUUCAACAACAUCCUGCCCAUCUUCAACAAGUCCAGACCCUAAAAUUUCACCAGUUGGAUCUUUAAGAACAUCAUCAUCAUCAUUAUCUACCCCAAAGAAACUGCGAAAACCGAAGAGUUUGGUUUCCUCAUCAAGAUUAAAAAAUAGGCAGAGAUUUAACAGGAUCAAGGUUGCAAUGAGUAAGGUAUCUGCCUUGUUAGAAGAAGAGGAUCUUCCUGAGUUCCUAAAAAUGUACAAAGGCAAGUAUUCCGUCUCUACAGAUGAAACAGUUGCUCUGCUCAGAGAAGCGCACCUUUCCCAGAAAUCCUUGUGGAAAAUUAAAAGAUUUCUGUUGAGAAAAAAUCUAGGAACUAUGAAUUUAACAUUUCUGUAA